AUGGGGAAUAACGCAAUUGCCUUGGCCAGCUUCUACGAAGACGGUGGCGACGAGGACAUCAUUACUCUCCCGCAGCCGGCGCCCAGCUCCGUGACCAGGGGCACCGCGCCCAGUGACCACAGGGUGACGUCAUUCCGAGACCUUGUCCAUGCUCAGGAGGAGGAGGAGGAGGAAGAAGAGGAAGGGCAAAGGUUUUAUGCUGGAGGCUCAGAACGUAGCGGGCAGCAGAUCGUCGGUCCCCCAAGGAAGAAGAGCCCCAACGAACUGGUGGAGGAUUUGUUCCGCGGGGCCAAAGAGCACGGAGCGGUGGCCGUCGACAGGGCCGCAAAGAGCCCUGGGGAGAGCAGCGGCGGCAGGCCGAAACCCUUUGCAGGCGGAGGGUACCGUCUGGGAGCUGCUCCCGAGGAGGAGUCUGCAUACGUGGCCGGAGAGAUGAGGCACAACGCAGCCCAGGAUAGCGGCUUCAGCCUGGACGGCGGGGAGCUGCGGAGCUACCAAGACCCGGCCAACUCCCAGUUCUUGGAAUCGAUCCGCAGAGGGGAGGUCCCUGCAGAGCUUCGUCGGUUAGCGCGUGGCGGGCAGGUGAACCUGGACCUGGAAGACCACCGCGACGAGGAUUUUGCGAAACCCAAAGGUUCCUUCAGGGCUUUCACCGGAGAAGGGCAGAAGCUGGGCAGCACCGCCCCCCAGGUGAUGGGCUCGAGCUCUCCGGCGCAGGAGGCCGAGAACGAAGCGAAAGCCAGCUCCUCGGUUGACAUCGACGAGUCGGAGCCCACCACCAACAUCCAGAUCCGACUGGCGGACGGCGGGCGGCUGGUCCAGAAGUUCAACCACAGUCAUAGGAUCCGCGACAUCCGGCUCUUCAUCGUGGAUGCCCGGCCGGCGAUGGCCGCCACCGGCUUCAUCCUCAUGACCACCUUCCCGAACAAAGAGCUAUCGGACGAGGAUCAGACCCUGAAGGAAGCCAACCUCCUCAACGCCGUCAUCGUCCAGCGGUUAAUAUAACGGGACCCCCCGGCCAGCCGCGCGCCUUUCUCAUGUAACCCCCCCUCUCACUUGCGCGUGCGCCCCCCGUGCAGUGCGGCGCCACGGCUGCGUCCCAGGGCUGAGUUCCGGGCUCUCUUGGGUUGGACUCUUUAGUUGCGUUUCCCACACUCUCUCUUUAUUAUUUUUUUUUUGUGCUGAUUGAUGGACUUUAAAAACAAAAAAAAUUAAAACCAAACACGGACUUUUGAACGGAGCGGCCGCCUCCAGUCGCGUCUGCCGCACACCGGCACUGGAUAACUUAUGGAGUCGAUUGCCGUCCCGAGCGGGGGGUGAGGGGGAGGGCCAAAGAGUGUGUGACCCUCUGCGGUAGCCAUUAAAUUCUUCUCUUCGGUGUAUUAAAAUAAAGAACACCCCCCCAAAAAAAGGGGCCUUGCUGUCUCGGUUGCCGAUAAAACCAUCACAUCACUGGUGUUCUCCAGGUGUACGGCUGGAAGCCGGGGAGUCUUGCGAGUCCCUCCCUCAGCAGUUCCUGGACCUUAUACCUUACCAUCUCUCCUCUCCGCCCCUACUAGGGAAGGCCAAGAUUUCCUGGCUUCUGUCCAUUUAGGAUACUUUGGAAAGCUGCCGCUGGGCCCCAUGGGAAGGUUUACUCCACAGCACAGGGUGUGGUUCAUCUUCCUGCUCCUUUGGGCACGUUAUGGGCCUCAAGAACAGACCAUUCGUAGACUUGGGGUGGGGGGGAAGCAAAGUUUGUGUUGGUGUGUGAGAGUCACGGUGUGCGAGGGUUCGGUCCAACUGGAAUCCUGUGGUACCGUUUUGGAUCAAAGUUAACUUGGUUUUCUUAUUUAAGGAAAGAGUUCGUCGGCGGCCUUUGUAGCCCCCCUCCCCCCGGCUGUUUUUCACAUCAUGCAACUUGGGGGAGGGGUGGCUUUAGAAGACUCCGAUGAAGUGUUAACUGUUCGAUCUCGGCAGCCGCUCAGAACGAGAGCCUGGGAGAGAAACGCACGUAACUCUUUUUGGAACAGACGCAGCACAACUGCCGUCCCCCUCUUUUGGGCCUGCUCUUACCCCCUGUACCUCUGUUGCAGCUUCGGCCGGGGUGAGCAUUGGCAUUUGGGUUUGCAUCUCAGGAUGGAGGGGGGGGCAGGAGGGGUGUGGGGGGUAUAUAUGAGCCCACAUUUCAGGAAAGGGGAGAUCAGAUCAGCACCAGCCCGCUCUCCCAGCCAGCGGUGAUUCGGCGCGGGAGUGUCGGAACGGGUGUUUCUCGUGGCCGAACGGAGCCACGCCCCGUGUUGACGGCGAACUCUGUAAAUUAUCGUGACUAGUUGUGUAAGCAUUAAAAAUCCAAGCCCACGCCAGCAGUUGUCUGCCCCUUUCUAAGGCGAACCCCGUCUCCUGUCCUGCCCACGGCGGCCAGUGGUAGGCGUGCAGAAGAGAGGGUCCCGGAUGGUUUCUCGUCCCCCGUCGAUGGAAGCUCUCACAGACUUCGUGGGAGGGAGAGGCUCCUGCAGAUCUGUCCCCUCUCGGGGUGUGAGAUAUCUCCCUAGCUAAAGAUCUGGGGCUUGCUAUUCUAUUUCUAUACGAGCCGCUUCGGCGGGUGGGCGGGAUAGCAA